UGAGCACGCGCCACUGCGAGCGCUCACAGGGCUCUGAGAUGUGAAUAAGGACGAGGAGCGACUGCUGACGGGCUGGAAACGAUGAAGAAAUUCGGCAGAAAAUAAGUUUGACGGAGAGUGCCCGCUGAGGAGACCUGAAGUCUGGCGGUUUCUCUCGGCUGUCCUGCGGAGAGAGCCUCUCAGCAUCUCCCCAAAGAGCCGCAGGACAGACGGCGCGUUUUAUCUUUCCUGGUUGUUCGGAGACCUUGUUUGCUCUCGGCCAGGUGUUCAAAGAAUUAUCCAGCCAGCCCUGCUGAUGGCAAAGAUGAGUUGGGCUGCUGGUACUCAGUGUGUAGCCAAGGGGGAUCACAAAAAACCCAAACCUGGAGAACUGCUGUACCGCAAAGGAGACAUCCUCACUAUUGUUGACACAACCACGAAGAAGGGAUUUUACAGAGCCAGACACAACACCACAGGAGAGGAAGGAAUCAUCAACGCCACCAAUGUGCGUGAAAGAGAGGCUCUGCGAGUCGACCCCAGCCUCAGCCUCAUGCCCUGGUUUCACGGAAAGAUCUCCGGUCCAGAAGCUGUGUCUAAGCUACAGCCAGCCGAGGAUGGCCUGUUCCUGGUGCGAGAGAGCAUCCGCCAUCCCGGCGACUACGUCCUGUGCGUGAGCGUCUCCGGAGAGGUCAUUCACUACAGGGUGAUUUAUCAGGACAACAAGCUGACCAUCGAUAAAACACAGUAUUUCUACAACCUCAUCGAUAUGAUAGAGUUCUAUUCAAAGAACAAAGGCUCGAUCGCUACGACUCUUCUGAAACCCAAACAGAAACAGGGAACCAAGUCAGCUGAGUUGGAGCUGUCUAAAAAUGGAUGGCUGUUGGACAUUGAGAAGCUCACUCUGGGAGAGAAUAUCGGCGAAGGGGAGUUUGGUGCUGUUUAUGAAGGGGUGUACAUGAGCCAGAGGGUGGCAGUGAAGACCAUUAAAUGUGAUGUCACAGCUCAGGCGUUCCUGCAGGAGACCACGGUCAUGACGAAGCUGCAGCAUAAAAAUCUGGUGCGGCUGUUGGGAGUCAUCCUUCACAAAGGGCUUCACAUUGUCACAGAGCUCAUGACAAAGGGAAACCUCGUUAACUUUCUCAGGACACGUGGGCGUUCAGUUGUCAACUCUGUUCAGCUGCUUCGCUUUUCUCUUGAUGUGUGUGAAGGGAUGGAGUACCUGGAGUCAAAGAAGCUGGUUCACAGAGAUCUGGCAGCUCGUAAUGUCCUAAUUUCUGAUGACAAUGUAGCCAAGGUGAGCGACUUCGGCCUAACCAAAGUGGAUUCCAAGGUGUCAGAUAAAGCCAAACUGCCGGUGAAAUGGACGGCACCUGAAGCGCUGAAGAAAGAGAAAUUCAGCACAAAGUCAGAUGUUUGGAGUUACGGCAUUCUUCUGUGGGAGAUCUUCUCAUACGGUCGUCAGCCUUACCCCAAGAUGUCUCUGCAGGAGGUGAAAGACAAAGUGGAACAAGGCUAUCGCAUGGAAGCUCCAGAAGACUGUCCUCCAAGUGUUUACUCCCUGAUGAGGGUUUGCUGGGAGCAGGAACCUCGGAAAAGACCCGGAUUUCACAAGCUGAGGGAGAAACUUGACCGAGAGAUGGAAAAACUCAGCCCGGGCUCUGGGUCAAAGUAUCAAGAUCAGACCGGAUCUUGAUCCUGAAUUAUUGCCCUGCAGUCUAGGAUACAAAUACAAGCUGUUGGACCGUUGAGUUUUCCAGAGGGAAAAGACAGUGAACUCUGAUCAUGACUGUAUGUGACGCAAGAUGGUUGGAGCCAUGACUACACCAAACUUCACCUUUUGGGUCUCGAUGGCCUACCUAACCUGAUAAACUACUGGAUAAACCGUGACAUGCUUGACUUUUGUCACGACAGCUGUUGGAUGGAUUGCAAUAAUAUUUAGUGCAGAUAUUUAUGUUCCUCUCAGGAUGGAUUGUAAUAAUUUUGGUAAACCCUUAAAGCAACACUAUGUACAUUUUGCAGAGCAGUAACAACAGAGUGGUGUUUACAGGAUUCAGCCUGUCUGAGUUUCUCCUUCACCUGUCUGUCUCAGUUUCUCGGGGGUUUUGAAAGAAUAUGUGUACUCCGAGUCCAGAUUAAGCAGCUUUCACUGUCCACAGCGAAAGAGGACAGGAGCUUUCAGGUCACAUGUGUAAGAGGACACAAACAGAUAACAAAAAAUCUGUGCAGGGACGAGACUGUGACUCUGACGUAGCUGUAAGGAGCUCGAUCCAUUUGGUUGCUUUUCAUUAUACAGGCACUGAUUCAUGGUGCAGUUUCCCCAAAUUUGUCAUUUUUUCUGAAAUUAGGGUCAAAUUUUCAGUAUUUGAAAUGCACGAGUAUUUACUUCCAGUGGAAAAAGGUGUUUAAGAUUUUUUUUAAUGGGUGCCUUUACAGAUUUUUAAGAAAUUAUACAAAUUAUACUUUAUUAGGGACCCAAUAAUAUCUUUGGGGGUAGUAGAGGAAAGGACAAAUGCUGUUAUAGUCAAUUAUUGUUACGGGCUAAGAUAGCUUUCAAAAGCAGCUUUGGCCUGCUCUCUUAUUUAUAAUCCUAUAAUCUUAUAAUAUAAUCUUAUCGAUCUUAUCUUUUAAGAUAGCUCCUGAAACACCACUUAAUCAGUCAGAGUAAUUUUUUUCUUUCAUUUUUGUUGAUUUUUGUCUUUUAGGCCUUCACGCGUUAAUUUCAGGUCUGAAACAUCUCCGUCCCUUCUAACUGGGAGUGCAUGCCAAACCUGUAAACACAACUCAAGCAUAUUAAAGAGAACGGCCUGAAAUAAUGUGCGAUUACAGAGUAACAACGGGAAACCUUCACAACAUGAGGAACUCAUAACAUUUCUUUUCAAAGGGUCUCAAGAAUUUAAAUCAGUAAAUGGAAAUUAAAUUCAGAAAAAUCAUAUUUUUUAAAGGUAUGGAACAACUGCAUGUGUUUCUUUCACGUUCUAUUUAUUAAAGUGCACAUAUGACCUGUUUUUCACCA